UUCUUCAAAAAGCUGUUCAGGGAAGGGAGCGAGUAGCCUAGCCUGCCGCACAAUUCGCGUCCUGCACAUGUAUGGUACAGGAAAUCUAGCUUUCAGACAGUUGGAUGCUCCAAGAGGUUUGACCAUUGACGAUUUUAGCAGUGGGCCACAGCUUUAUAGAUUUAUUUUCUAUACAGAUGUAGCACUAGUCAAUAUUGUUUUGUUUACUUUGUAAUUUUUUACCUGAAUUGUUUUUGUUGCUAUUUGACGGGUGAUGACUAGUUCCCGGCGCUUUUUACGCAUGACGGACCUCGGACAUUACGACAUUGAUGUGUCAGAAAAAAAGGUUUGACAAAUGUGUAAACUAUAAUUUCGGAAGGCUUACGACCGGUGUGCCACUUCAAUUCGGUUUUUAGAAAAAUAAUCACCCACAAUGCGGGUAAUUCUGUUUGCCAUCACAUUCCUUUUUUCGCUCAAGCUUGCCGUGGCCGAAAUACGGCCGAAGUGCUCACUUAAGUGCGAUGUAAACAAGUGCCCCAGCCCAAGCUGCCCAAGCGGGUAUGUCCCGGACAGGUGUAACUGCUGUCUGGUUUGCUCCCGGGGUGAAGGCGAGUCCUGUGGCCAUAAAAACGACCUCCCAUGUGGGGACGGAUUGGAGUGCAAGGUUGCGGCGGGGAAACGGCGUACUUCAAAGGGAAUGUGCAAAUGUAAAAUGGGUUACAAAGUGUGUGGCAGUGACGGGAAAACGUACGGGAACGUGUGUUUGAUGAAGGCGGCGAGCCGGAAAGCUAUGCAAAAAGGAAGAUCCGCAGUAACUCAGGCUCUCAGAGGAGUUUGUCCUUCAAGCACAGGUCAUGCUCCUGUCCACCCCAACAGUCCUCGCUACAGGUUCAACUUCAUUGCUGAUGUGGUGGAGAAGAUAGCCCCUGCAGUCGUCCACAUCGAGCUGUUCCUCAGACACCCUCUAUUCGGCCGCCAUGUCCCUCUGUCGAGUGGGUCAGGGUUCAUCGCGGCCGACUCAGGCCUGAUCGUAACCAACGCCCACGUGGUGACCACCACCGCCGCGGUAACGGGCCGUCCCCAACUGCGCGUGCAGCUCCAUGACGGCAACGCGUACGAGGCCGCCAUCAGACACGUGGACCACAAGUCUGACAUCGCCACCAUCAAAGUCAACGCUCAGAAAAAGCUCCCCGUGUUGGCCCUGGGUCGGUCAGCUGACCUCAGGCCGGGGGAGUUUGUGGUUGCCAUCGGCAGCCCGUUUGCUCUCCAGAACACGGUUACCACGGGGAUAGUGAGCACAGCCCAGAGAGACGGGAAGGAGCUGGGCAUCAGAGACUCUGACAUGGACUACAUCCAGACUGAUGCUAUCAUCAACUAUGGGAAUUCUGGAGGUCCUCUGGUUAACUUGGACGGGGAGGUGAUCGGUAUCAACACUCUGAAGGUAACCGCGGGGAUCUCCUUCGCCAUUCCCUCCGACAGGAUUCAGCGCUUCCUCUCCGAGUCUCAACACAAGCCACACAGAGACAAAGCCAGACUGCUGAGUGGACACUAUCGUAUACCAGAACCACAGUCUGAUGCUGCAGAUGGGACGACAGGAGUGAAGCGGCGUGUCAUAGGAAUCAAGAUGCUAACCAUCACUGAGGCUCUGGUAGCAGAGUUGAAACAGGAGAAUCCAGGCUUCCCUGAUGUCAACAGCGGAGUCCUGGUCCACCAGGUCAUCCCAGACUCUCCUGCUCACAAGUGUGGGAUCAAGGCCGGUGAUGUCAUUGUCAACCUCAAUGGCCAUGUGCUCAGGACCAUUGACAACCUCCAAGAGGUGUUGCUAGGAGAUGCGCCCCUCCUGCUGGAGAUACGCCGCGGCAACGACGACCUGCUGUUCAACAUCGAGCCUCAUGUGAUUAGGCAAUGAGCGAGCAGUGCACCAUGGGAUCUGUAGUUUUACAAUAUAUAAUAUUGGUACCUUUUGGGCUGGACUCAAUGGAUGAUAUCAAAACUAGAGAGAAUGUUUCUGAAAGAAAAUGUAACGCAUAGUUGCUGUUGUGAACAUACUAAACCUUGACACAGGGAGAAAGCUUACUUUUCUGUAGAUUAAAACAGUCCCUAACACGUUUGUGAAUUUUUACUUACUCUUUUGUCAGAUUCUUUAGUCAUAAAUUAAUAAAAUGUUCAAAC